CUUGCUUGUCAGUUCUCUUUUGUGCGGUGGUUAGUGUGGAUUCUCUUCAGCGCAUUGAUAAUAUCUCUCCACAUAAUAAUCAAGGAGUUGGACAAUAAGCGGCUCAGUCAAGACCCCUCCAAACAGAGCACACGAGCACCCCCUAGUGGCAGUGACAAGCAUAACACCUGUGAUCAGAUACGUGGGGAAAUAGAACCUGGCCCAGGUGCAACGAACAUCUUCUUGUCUAUUGGAUUAUUGUUCUGUCAUUCUAUGGAGCGAAACUCACAGAGAGCCCCCAUACCAACUGGUAUUGAUCGGUAACUGAAGCAUGACACGUUCAACGAUGCGUUAAUUAAUAACUAGAAUAAGGUAUUAAAGAGUCAACCAAAGAGUUCACUAAAGAAGGCUUAACCAACUGUAGAGAAGCAUGGAGAUGGAAGCCUCCCGUGCUGCCUACGCUGGGGCCUUCCCCACUGAAUCUAUAGACUCUCUACCCAUCAACACCUCCUCUCCAAGCCUGCUCCAAUUCUUCUGGGAUUACCAGAACAAUGACGUCAUUGUGACCCACUACAACUACACAGGCAAGCUCCAGACAGACCGGUAUCGUGAGGGGUUAAAACCUGAAGCCAUAGCCUUCCUGGUAGUGUGUCUUCUUAUCAUCCUGGAGAAUGCUGUGGUUCUAAUAGCCAUCUGGACCAAUAAGAAGUUCCACCUGCCCAUGUACUAUCUCCUAGGUAACCUGACUCUGUCGGACCUGCUGGCCGGUGUCACCUACAUGGCCAACAUCAUCAUGUCUGGUCCUAAUACACUGAGACUAACUCCAAUACUCUGGUUUCUGAGGGAAGGAGGCGUCUUUAUCACAUUAGCCGCCUCCGUCAUCAGCCUAUUGGCCAUCGCUAUAGAACGCCACGUUACCAUGGUGACAAUGAAACCAUACCACGGGGCAAAGAAGGGUCGGAUGCUGGCUCUGAUCGGGGGGAGCUGGGCGUUAGCAGGGCUGCUGGGGGUGCUCCCCGUCCUGGGCUGGAACUGUAUGGGUCGUCUGGACCGCUGUUCCACGGUUCUCCCGCUCUACGCCAAGUCUUACAUCCUGUGCUGCGUGUCCGUGUUCAGCGGCGUGCUCCUCGCCAUCGUCGUUCUCUACGCCCGCGUCUUCCGUAUCGUGCGCACUAACACCCAGCGCCAACGCCUCGGAGGAGCAAAGGGAAGUCUUCGCAAAGGCCUCGCCAGGAAAUCCCAGAAGUACAUGGCGCUCCUCAAGACAGUCACUAUUGUACUCGGCGUCUUCAUCGCUUGUUGGUUGCCGCUCUUCCUCCUCCUCGGCCUAGACUCAUUCUGCCCUGCCCGCCGCUGCCGACUGCUCCUCAAGGCGGACUACUUCCUGGGCGUUGCCAUGGUGAACUCGCUCCUCAACCCCAUAAUAUACACCCUGACCAGCAAAGACAUGCGUCGCGCUAUUCUAAAACUGCUCUGCCGCCCGUGUCUCAUGACCAAGGACGGGCGGGUGAAGAGGAUGGGGAUGCCGUUCCUGGAGUGUAGCUUCAGUAAGACGGAGGUGGCAGCGCAGAAGCUGGAAGGCCUGGAGACGACGAUCUCCUCUGGGAACAUCAUCACGGCUCAGUCACCCAUAAAGACUCUCUACCCCAAGCUCUUCAAGGUCUAACGAGCCUAAA